GGGGCCGAACGGCCAAAACCCAAAACCAACCGACCAACCAUCGAUCCAUUUAUGUGGGAGCCUGGAAGACAGUGUGAUUCUAUCUCCGACAGCGAUAUAUUUACUCGAAAUACUUAAAAUACCCAGUCAAUCAUUUAUUAUUCGUUAAAAUGACUACGCAUUCUAUGUGUUCUAACAUGUUAAAAAGACAUAUCUUUUUGUUUAUAUUUAUGCUAAGCCAAGUUAACAGUGAAGAAGAAGAUAAAGUACACACAGUACAGUACAACAAAGACAAUUUUUUGUCAGAGAUUAAGAAGAAAAAUCAUUUUGUCAUGUUUUAUGCACCAUGGUGUGGACAUUGCCAAGGACUUGAACCCACUUGGGAACAGUUAGCAGAGAUGUCAAACAAAGAAUACCAUAAUUUAAAGAUUGCUAAGGUUGAUUGUACUACAGACAGUAGCUUAUGCACCGAACAUGAUGUUACUGGAUAUCCUACGCUGAAGUUGUUUAAAGCUGGGGAAACUAAAGGCAUUAAAUUUAGAGGUACAAGGGAUUUGCCUUCGCUAAUUUCUUUCCUUGUUGAUCAACUAGGCACUACUCUUGAGGUUGCAGACGUUGUACCAUCACCUCCCGAAGCGGUAAAUGGUUUAAUAGAACUAACAGAGGAUACAUUUGAUAAGCAUGUAUCCACUGGUUACCAUUUUGUAAAGUUUUAUGCACCUUGGUGUGGUCAUUGCCAGAAAUUAGCUCCUACAUGGGAAGAAUUAGCUAACAGUCUACGUAACAGUAAUUAUGUUACCAUUUCUAAAGUAGAUUGUACACAACAUCGUGGUGUUUGUAGUCAAUUUGAUAUAAAGGGAUAUCCAACAUUGCUCUGGAUCGAAGAUGGAAAGAAGGUGGAUAAAUAUUCAGGUCAACGAACUCACGAAGAGUUAAAAGCUUAUGUAUCAAAAAUGCUUGAAAAGAGCAAUGACCAAACAAAUGUUAAUACUUGUCAUUCCGACAAUACAUUACAUACAGUGCUCAGUUUAACCGGCGAGAGCUUUAAACAUGGCAUUGAAAAAGGCGUCUCGUUUGUUAAGUUUUUUGCACCUUGGUGUGGACACUGUAAACGUUUAGCUCCUAUUUGGGAAGACCUCGGGAAAAAGUUCUUCACAAAUGAGAACGUGAACAUAAUCAAAGUAGACUGUACGCUUGAUGCAAGCAAAGAAUUGUGCAAUGAACAAGAAGUAGAUGGAUUUCCAACGUUAUAUUUAUAUCGUGAUGGACACAAAGUGUCUGAAUACAGUGGUGCUCGUAGUCUCGACGAUUUAUAUGAAUUUGUAGCCAGUUAUGUGCAACCGCACGACGAACUAUAAACUAAUUCCGAAAAGAUAGCAUAAUUUAAGGUGUUUUUAAACUUAAAUGUGUAAUACUUAAUUUAAUUAUAUAUGAAUGUACGAUAGCGUCAUACAAAGAAACUCCAAGACAUCCAGGCCCUAUAUUUUCCAUUUUUUUAUAAAAUAUCAAAAAAAUACUAUAAAACAAUUAUACAUAAAUCCUAAGACUACUAUAUUUUUGUGUGACUAAGUCGUGUACUUCCAAAAUACAUUUACAGAACUAACCGUA